AUGUGCAUCGAGGCCACUCAGUGGGCGCUUAUGUCUGAAGCUGCACAGAACUGCUGCCUGCUCGAAGCUGCUUGGAAAGAAACCAUUCUAACUGUGAAUAGGGCUCUGUCAGGAAGCAGUUUGCUUGGAGGCUCUACAGCUCUGACUCUUGGCUUUGCAGCACCAGGUGCCAGGCCUGGGAACAGCACUGGGGGUGCAGAGGGAGUACCUAAAUUCUACACUGCUAAAUUCUCUGAGACACACAGGCAGAAGAUUCAUUACUCACUUGAAUUUCUUGUCGAUAAUCCCACUCCCACCCAUUUUGCCAAUAUCAACAAUCCUGGUACUUCUAAGAAAGCAAAUAAUUCUUUAAUAAAAGCAUGACUGAUCUGCUAAGAUAAAAAUUCCACAUGGCAGAGAGUCAUGGAAGACAGGUUUAUUGUGCUGGACAACCAUGAAAGUAGGUCAGAUACAUGCUUUCUGGAGAUUCUUGAUGGCUGUCACGGUGUGACAGCUACAGAUACAAUUGUAGCAAAGCUUCCACUUUUAUUUCUUGAACAGCUUUCUCACACAGAUUCCUCCCACAAAAAUAAAAAUUACAAAGAGCAAAUUCUAGAAUUUUUUGCCAGACUAAUCAAGGCAGAUUACAGGGAAAAAGAGAAACCAGGCAAUGAGGAGACCAACAAGACCACUAUUAUGAAAGUGUAUGCUAAGUCCUUUUGGAGAAUCGGAUUUUUACAGCUGGGAAGGAAAGAGGUUUCCAAAGUUCACUGGAGUGGCUGUUCAGUGUGAAAAAGAAUUCCUAGUGAAGAGACGGAUGGCACUGGGGAAGAAGAAAGAAAACAUCCUGAAAACAACACACACAGCCCAUUAGCCAGGACAGCCAAAGGUGUGGCUGGGCUACUGCACAUUGCUAUUAUAGUAACGAUGGAGUAAAUUCAAAGAAUAGAGAUACACUACUCCAACUCUAGCACACAAGGUGACUCUGAAGAACUCAGUUUGAAGACAGAAAAUUUUAUCUAAGUUUUCAUCCACAGUGAGACUUCAGAGCAAGAAGAAACCAACACUUUCUAUGCAACAGGUCCAAGUCACAGCUAUAAACAGCUGCAAGAGAAUGUGCUGGCAUCAAGGUCUAAGGCCACGAAAAUGACCCCAAAAUAGACAAAACCAUGCCAUCUAAUUCUGACUCAAAAACACAGCUGACAGAAAAAAUGGACUCCAAUUCAUUUUGUGACAAUCUGCAGGUGAUGUUGGUCAAGAACUGCUAAAGACUGUAUCACCACUUGGUUCCAAACCACCACCACGGUUUGAAAAAGAUACAAAAAUGUACCAAAUCAAUUGGAAAUCACAAGCUGCAGAAGAGACACAGUCAGCUCAGAGACACUGCAAUGCAACAAGUCACCUUGUGAACAACUGGCAAAGACUGCAUUAGCUGCAGGUUCAAGAGACAAUAUUACUAUUUUGAUCAUACUUCUAAAUGGAUGUGAUAAGAUACCCAAUUACCUCAACAUUUAAAGAUUUAUCACAGGAUAACUGGAGUGCCACAAUAUAUAUAGGACA